CCUACCUUCUCGUCGACCAUGAGGCCCUCUGCAGUCCGUCUCCUCAAUAUCUUGGUCCCAGUAAAGCGGGCAGUCGACUAUGCCGUCAAAAUUCGUGUUAACCCACAGCAGACUGGCAUUGACCUCAACGUCAAGCACUCGAUGAACCCUUUCGAUGAGAUUGCCGUGGAGGAAGCCGUCCGCCUGCGGGAGCGUAUGAAGGACGCCGUCAAGUCCAUCAAGGUCGUCACCAUCGGCCCCGCCAAGUCCGCCGAGACGCUGCGCACCGCGCUCGCCAUGGGCGCUGACGGCGGCAUCCACGUCGAGAUCCCUGAGUCCGCGCCCGCGCCCGAGCCGCUCGGCGUCGCGAAGACGCUCCGCGCGAUCGUCGAGCGCGAGAAGGAGAAGGCGAACGUGGACAUCGUCAUCCUCGGCAAGCAGGCCAUCGACGACGACAUGGGCCAGACAGGCCAGAUGCUCGCCGGCCUGCUGAACUGGCCGCAGGCGACGUAUGCGAGCAAGGUUGUCAUCGACGAGGCAAACAGGGUCGCGCAUGUUACGCGCGAGAUAGACGGUGGUGCGGAGGAGGUGAAGUGCAAGCUGCCUGUCAUCAUUACCACGGAUCUUCGACUUAAUGAGCCCCGUUAUGCAUCAUUACCCAACAUCAUGAAAGCAAAGAAGAAACCCAUUGAGAAGCUCUCUCCCUCAGACCUUGGUGUCGACCUCACCCCCAUACUAGAGACCUUGAAGGUCACGGAGCCUCCCAAGCGCGUAGGCGGCGGCAAGGUCGAGAACGUGGACGAGCUCAUCACCAAGCUCAAGGAGGCCGGCAUCGAGGCCGUCAAGAGCUAAACACGCAUUCCAGUACACCCUCCGAUACCCAAUCGGUAGCGUACUUGUAGAUUCACAUCUCUGGGUAGAAUUGAUACGUCCUCAAUGAACCUUCCUUGGCCUCGGGCACGACCAGAUCUCCAGCAACUUCC